CUCAUCUUCUUUGGCUCCACUAGCUGCCCUAGCUAAUUACAGGCUACUGCUACAGCUACAGCUAUAGCAACUCUCUCUAUGGGGGUGGACACCAUCUCCUCCUCCUCCUCCGACUCCUCCGGCGCGUCCACGGCCACCACGGAGUCCGGCGGGGGCGCCGUGCAGCUGUUGUCUGUCGUCGAGCCGGCGGCGGCGGUGGAUGCGCUCCCUGUGGUGGUGGGGGGUGACUCCUCCACCGUGGAUGAUGUCGUGACGUCGAAGCCGGCGGCGGCGCAGCAGUCGUCGAGGUACAAGGGGGUUGUGCCGCAGCCCAACGGGCGGUGGGGGGCGCAGAUCUACGAGCGCCACGCGCGGGUGUGGCUCGGGACGUUCCCCGACGAGGAGGCGGCGGCGCGGGCCUACGACGUGGCCGCGCUCAGGUACCGCGGGCGCGACGCGGCGACCAACUUCCCCGGCGCGGCGGCGUCGGCAGCGGAGCUGGCGUUCCUCGCCGCGCACUCCAAGGCCGAGAUCGUCGACAUGCUGCGGAAGCACACCUACUCCGACGAGCUCCGCCAGGGCCUGCGGCGCGGCCGCGGCAUGGGCGCGCGCGCGCAGCCGACGCCGUCGUGGGCGCGGGAGCCCCUGUUCGAGAAGGCCGUGACGCCCAGCGAUGUCGGCAAGCUCAACCGCCUGGUGGUGCCCAAGCAGCACGCGGAGAAGCACUUCCCGCUGCGGCGCAGCCCCGACUCCGCCGCGGCGGCCACCGGCAAGGGCGUGCUUCUCAACUUCGAGGACGGCGAGGGCAAGGUCUGGAGGUUCCGGUACUCCUACUGGAACAGCAGCCAGAGCUACGUGCUCACCAAGGGCUGGAGCCGAUUCGUCAGGGAGAAGGGCCUCCGCGCCGGCGACACCAUAGUGUUCUCCCGCUCGGCAUAUGGGCCGGAGAAGCUGCUCUUCAUCGACUGCAAGAAGAACAAGACGGCGGCGGCGGCGGCCACCACCACCACCUGCACCGCCGCCAACUCAGAGAAGCCAAGCGAAGCCCGCGUUGUCAGGCUGUUCGGAGUCGACAUAGCCGGAGGCGAAGGCCGGAAACGGGAGAGAACGCUGGAAAUGGCGGCGGCACUCGAGAGAGGGCAAGAAGCGUUCUUGCUCAAGAGGCAAUGCGUGGUUCAUCAGCGCUCUCCUGCCCUAGGUGCCCUGCUGUUAUAGCAACGAAUUCUUCAUAUAUAGAUUAUAAAUCUCCCAUCUUUUGUUGUUCAUCAUCUGUUUGAUCUUCAAUUAGAGCCGGUGUUCUUCGUUUUUUUGCAUAGAACUUGUCAAACCAGAGAUUGCAAAUGAUCGAUCGAUCCAGCUGUGUGUACAGCCUUUAAUUAGGGACUCUAGAUAUCAUCAUAAUCCUCCUGAGAUCAUAAGUAUGUACAAUUAUCUACUAGUACAUAGCAAUGAACUUCUGUUUCUUAUAAGUG